ACAGAAGCGAGAGGAGAGCGACAAAAAAAGAAGCGACGAGAGAUGUUCUUCCACAUAGUUUUGGAACGGAACAUGCAGUUACAUCCACGCUUCUUUGGUCAGAACCUUCGUGAAAACCUCGUCUCUAACCUCGUGAAAGAUGUUGAGGGCACUAACAGUGGCCGACAUGGGUUUGUACUAGCGGUAACUGGAAUAGAAAGCAUAGGAAAAGGAUUGAUCCGAGACGGGACUUGUUUCGUCACCUUCCCUGUUAAGUACCGAUGCGUUGUUUCCAAACCUUUCAAAGGCGAGGUUUUGGAAGCUGUUGUAACUAAGGUCAUGCAGCACGGAUUCUUCGCCGAAGCUGGCCCUCUUCAGCUUUUUGUCUCCAAUCAUGAGAUGGAAGAUUGUAUGGAGUAUCAGGCUGGUGACAUGCCUAAUUACACAUCAUCAGAUGGAUCAGUUAGAAUCCAGAAAGAAUGUGAAGUGUUACUAAAGAUCACUGCCGUCAGUGUCGUUGCCUCUGAAAUCUUCUGUUUGGGUAGCAUCAAAGGAGAAUUUUUGGGGCUCCUAAACGUUCGUGCAUAAGAGAAACUCUCAGUUAAACUUCGAUGUUACUUUAUACAUAAGAUGACUUGCGAUAAAAGUUGUAUUGUAAGCUUUGAUGUAUCCGGAAUAACUAUUAGAACAGAGGAUCUAUUGGUUGUUGAUUCAGAGUAAUGGACAAGGCAAAACAAUAAUAUGAAGAAAUUAAAUGAUUGAAAACGUUUUUAUGGUAACUGAAUGGUAAAUUUGUUUUCAUCAAGCAUUUGAGCUUAGCUCAUGCUAAGAGAUGAUUCAAAAUUCAAAUGUGAUUUGAAUCAACAAAAAAGAAGGUUCAUUCUCAUUUAUAUGUCCAACAUAAUCUAGUGAUUUCUUCUGAGAACAUAAUCUAACGAGUGAAAAGAUUAUAGAUUCAACACUGAUAUCUAUCUAUUACCAGUCUUUUCAAAGUCAAAGGUAUUUUAAGUGCA